AUGGAGCAGCCCGGAUCUACUGGGGCUCAGGCAGUUUGUGCUGUAUUCCGAGAACCGCUUCACAGAAUCCUAGAGAAUGUGAAAUAUGAACCUUUCUUUCAGUGGCCGAACAAGAUGGCUGGUGAUCCUUCGAAGCGCAAUCAGAACCUGUAUUGCGCAUACCAUCAGGAGCCAGGUCACACCACUGAUGAGUGCAGGAACCUAAAGAACUAUUUAGAUCGGCUUGUCCAAGAAGGGAAGCUGAGACAUCUGCUGCAUCGCCCUGAAGGAUGGCAGGAACCAUCGAACAAUGAAACCAGGCAAAAUACGUUGAGGCCACCCAUUGGCACAAUUAAUGUCAUUCUCGCCGCACCUGGAAGGACAAGCUCUGCCCCCUUUAGGGUAAUGUCAGUGAGCAGUUUCCCAACUGAGCCAGACGGCAGGGACCCCAAGAGAGCCAGAAUGAAUGCCACGCCGUUAAUCGGGUUCACGGAGGAAGACAAGUAA